AUGUCGGCAUCUAGCCAACCCGACGGCCUCGACAGCCUUUUCGACUUCGCCGAGUACGAGAAUGUCUCGACUUACCAGUCUCCCUCUCUAUCUCCCGCUGCUUCCAACAAGAAUCCCGCUUUCGUGAGGCCGAUGCCUCAAGUUCAGACUCCCAACAUCUCCUCGACACCUCAACCCCUCACGAGGCCGAGCCAUCAAUAUGAGCUGUACAAGCAACAGACGGGGAUCGUGCCCGGAGCCUUGGCGAGCACCCUCGCUAUCAACCAAAGCAGCCAGGUCGGAGGAUAUACCGGCAUGAACCUAGACUACAUGGGCCUGAGCCCAAAUGAGGAUCUCUUCGAUUUCAACACCGCUCCCUCGCAGGGUUCUCUCGGUGCCUCUGAUAUGGAUAUGGAGUUCGAUCCCUCGACUACGGACCAGCUCUUUUACGACACUGUCAACCCUAAUGCUCUUGCUGAGCAAACAUCCCCCAGCCUCUCCUCCACCUCGAUGAUGACUGCCAACAGCAGUGUCGGCCGUCUUUGGCCCGGCAUGCAUUCCCAGGCUGCUCUCGCCAAGGCCCAAGCUCAACGUCAGCAGCAACAACAACACCAGGUCCAGAGGCAGAACCCUGCCCAAGCCAAGCCUAGGUCGAAGAGUGGCCAGCCCACCGAUCCUAUCGUGGAGCAGAAGAUCACUCAACUCCUGAACUCUAUGCGAGCGAAGCCCUCGUCCACCGAUUCUCCCCAGCAGCAAAUGCCGCUCCUUAACAUUCCCAAGCCUAAGAAGGACGAGGAGGAGAUGGAUGAGGAUGAGAGACUCUUGGCCAGUGAGGAGGGCAAGAAGUUGAGUAGCAAGGAGCGUAGGCAGCUUAGGAAUAAGGUGUCCGCCCGUGCCUUUAGGUCACGGAGAAAGGAGUACAUCUCCCAGCUUGAGAGCGAGAUUGCCAAUAAGGUUACCGAGAACGGUGAUCUUCGUGCCCAGAACCGUGCCCUCAUGGAGGAGAACAAGCGUCUCAGCGACCUCACUCACAUGCUCCUCUCGUCGCCCUCGUUCUCCGACUUUCUUGACCAACUAAGCACCAACCCCGCCUCUCUUCCCCAAGCCACCCCCCAGCUCCAGCCCCAGCAGCCUGCCCAGCAACAGCCGCAACAACAGCAGCAGCAAGAGCGCCGCCAGAUUCCCAAGGAUGUCAACCCGUAUGCUCAGCUCCAGCAGCAGCAGCGAAUUGGAUUGACCAUGAUUCCCGAACAGCCCAUGGACCUAUCCAUGCUCAGCCUUGAGAGCGAUGCCACCUUCAACUUCCAGCCUCAAGUCUUUGCCCUUCUUGAGACCCCUGAGAUGCCCGCCUCAAUCGAUGCCAGUAUCCUUUCCGGCAAGAAAUCCAAUUUUGUCGGGGAACAGUUCGAUUCUGAGGAGGACAAGGUGCAGGCUCCUGUCAUUGAGCGCCCUGUGCUAGAGAAGCCUCUUGCCCCUGCCGCCCCUGAGACCCUCCCCUUGGACCCUGAGUUCGAGUCCAAUCCUGAUUUUGCUCUCUACCACUCGACCCCUGCCACAGAAACAUCCACCGGGACUGAAACUGAAGAGUCUUGGAGGGUAGAUAUCUUCGGUGGCAUCGAGCCUGAGAAGGUGCUCGCUCGCUACGAGUUGGUAGAUGCGUCUGAGGAGGAGCAAAACGCCAUCGUCGCCAUGGCCCGUGUGCAACGGAUAUCUGACAUGUUAGAGUCGACCUGGGAGAGGAUAACCCAACUCACGGAGGACUUUUAA